UUGUGAAGAACUGUCACUAAAAAGUGACAUAACAUAACCUAACCUCACUCAUUGAAUUUUCGUGAAAAUGGCUGGUUUAUGCAGCUUAAAUCGUGCGUAUUUGCGCAAAAUAUUGCCAGUUAUUAACCGAAGAUUGGUUUCGACAUCGAAAAAGAAUAACGACACAGUCGCUGCCGAAGUUUGCGAUACAGCUGCCAAAACAGCCGUAGAUAAGAACUGGGUUAGUUAUGGAUUUAACCACAAGACCAAGGAAGGGGAUAGAAAUGCAAUGCAUUCGAUAUUUUUCGUAUCAGUUACUUUGAGCAUUGCUGUGUUUGGCUUUGUGUUAGCUUAUUUGCCAGAUUUUGGCUUGAAGGAUUGGUCCCAACGUGAAGCUUUCAUCCAGUUGAGGCACAGGGAGAAAAAUGGUUUGCCGUUAGUGGAUCCAAACCUCAUUAAUCCAAAACUAAUUGUUUUGCCAUCAGAUGAAGAGUUGGGCAACACUGAAAUCAUUAUUUAAAUUCUUAGUAAUAACAUUGUAUUCAAUAAAUUGUAAAUAAUUUUAACGUAGUCAAACUUUGUUUGUUAUUAAACCUUUCAAUAAAACAACCAAUGAA